AUGGAUCGAGCCGUCGAAGCAUGGCGACUCCAGCAUGGAAUCGAAAAAGAAAUCAUCGCACCUCUAUCCAAGAAACUCUGCAAAUCCUACACCGUUUACGGCUGCAUGCUUCUUCUUCCCCAGAAUGCCCUCGAAGGACCGGAAUGGUCGCCUCUGGAACCACUGAUUCACCACAACAAUAUCAAUAAUAACAAUACCGCCUUAAACGACCUCUACAAAUCCAUAGCAAAAGAGCUCAAAAUUACCCACAUUGCCUCCAACAAGCCCAUUCCCCUCCAUCAUCCUCAUCCUCAUCAUCCUCAUCCUCCUCCUCAUCCUCCUCCCGCGAACGUGACGGACACAUGUAACGAUAAUAACAACAACAACGAAACUACUCCAACUUCCUCAGAAAACAUCCUCCGAGCACCCAUCAAUUUCACUCCCUUGUACGGAGAUUUCGGGCCCGAGACAUGUUCCCAACCGCAUCCUACGCAAGAAGAUUUCGAUAAGGCUUUCUGGGUGACGGCGAAGCAGAAUGGGAUUUAUCAGGUGUGGGCGCCGCGAUGGACGAUGUUUAGUCGGGGGAAUAUUUCGGAGAAGGCGCGUUUGUUGACGUUGGGGUCGGUGAGGGAGGCUGUGGAGGAUGCUGCUGUUAGAGGUGGAAGGGAGGGAGGUGAGGAGGAGGAGGAAGAAGAAAGAGAACUCCAACCCCCCGGCUUUGCAGCCAUCGACCUCUACGCAGGAAUCGGCUACUUUGCAUUCUCCUACCUCCGAGCCGGCGCAGACCAAGUCUGGUGCUGGGAUAUCAAUCCUUGGAGCAUCGAAGGUCUACUCCGAGGCGCAAAGGCCAAUAAAUGGGAAGCAGUUCUUCUUUCUCAUGGCAUGGAUCAUUUCGAUGGGGACUUGCUACAGGAGACUGCAACCACCUCGAUGUCUAAAGAAACCCUAAAAAAAGGAAUCAGAAAGGCCAAACUCCUCAUCUUCAAUGAAUCCAACAUCCAUGCCCCAGAGCGUUUACAACAAUACCUUUUCCCUCCUCCUCCUCCUCUCCCUCAACCACAUCAUCAUCCCCCACAAAUAACAAUCCGCCACAUAAACCUCGGUCUCCUCCCAUCCUCUCGCGAAUCCCUAUCUCUCGCCGCCCAAAUCCUUUCUCUUCAACAUCAACAACAACAAAUCACAUCCACACGCCAAAAAGAAGACAAAAGCAAAAGAAGAAGAAGAAAAGGCUCCACCUCCUGGAUCCACAUGCACGAAAAUUUCCUUCUAGAAGAAAUCCUCGCCAAAGCAAACGAGCGAAGCAAAGAAUUGGAAGAGAAAAUUCAUGGAUUUUUAUCUAUCAUACAUUAUCAAAAAAAUAUAACAUGGAAAGAGAGGAAUGAGAUGGAAGGUGAGGAGAAAAGGAAAAAGGAAAGGGAAAAGAGGACAAGUAGAGUGAGAGUGAAAAUUGAAGGGAUUAAUCGAUUGAAAAGUUAUGCUCCGGGGGUGAUGCAUUGUGUUGUGGAUUUUGGGGUGGAGUUUUUGGAAGAAGAGGGAGAAGAGCGAGAAGAGGGACAAGAGGAGGAGGAAGGUGGAGAAGGGGAAGAUGGGAGAAGAUAA